AAUCACGUGACGCGUAUUUACGGAAGUAGCCGGUCCUCUUUCUGACAAGACGAUGCAGCACUUUAUAAAAAUCACAUUUAAUACCAGUUUAUGGUAUAUGGUUUAUGGUUAAAUGUCGAGUUUAACUUUACAAAUAUACUAGAUUUAUUAUUCUUUGUUUAACCUGGUGUUAUUUGUAGUUUAAAAGCCGUAUUAGAGCACAUAAGAGGAGGUUUCAUUCAUGUAGCCGAGGUUAGCUUUAGGAUUUGAAAAGUCGUAUAUUUUCGUUUCUUUUUAAGCUUAAACUGGGUAAAAGGUUUUAUUUAAAUGAUAGACAGUCCUCACAUAUAGUUGUAUUCGCUUUAAAAAGGAGCAGUCAUUGGAUUCUUUCGAGGAUGGGAGCGGAGCAAAGCACGGACUCGGAACAUAAACAUCUGGACCAUGGAUCUGCGGUACCGUCUCCAGCGAAGCAAAGAGCCAAAAUGGACGACAUUGUGGUGGUGGCAGCAGGAACCCAGAGUCUGAGGAACAUCCACAAUGACCCAGAUGUGAUAAAGCUGCAGGAGAUCCCAACAUUUCAGCCACUCCUCAAAGGUGUCCUUAGUGGUCAGACGUCCCCCUCCUCUCUCUCUCUGGACCGUUUGGACCCAGCUCAGAUUCUACAGCUCUGUGUUCGGUAUCAGCAUCAUGUACAUCAGUGUGCCGAGGCCGUGGCAUUUGACCAGAAUGCUCUCGUCAAACGCAUCAAAGAGAUGGAUUUGUCUGUAGAAGCCCUAUUCAGUCUGAUGCAGGAGCGACAGAAGCGUUACGCUAAAUAUGCCGAGCAGAUCCAGAAGGUUAACGAGAUGUCCAUGAUCCUCCGUCGCGUCCAGAUGGGCAUCGACCAGACAUUGCCUCUGCUGGACAGGCUGAACAACAUGCUGCCAGAGGGAGAGAGACUGGAGCCCUUCAGCCUGAGGGCGGAGGGCGAGCAAGGAACAAGCAAGUGAUACACAACAGAGAGAGAGAAGUGAAGUCCAAAAGAGAAUGAGAGGUGAUGAUCUCUGCUGCAGCUCCACAAACAUUAAAGGAGCCGGUUUUAACUCACGAUUCAUUAGACUGCCUCUCUGCACGACUCGAGCUCUGUCCUUUAUUAUUCUUUUUCUGCAGUGUGAAUACACAACCACAGCAACCUGAAGAUUUUUUCUCAUACAACAAAAACACAAGUUGAAUCAGACCAGGAUGAAGGAACAAAGGAGUCAUUUCAACUUCAAACUCAUAACGAUGUAAACAAAAUGGAGAGUUGUGCCUGUAAAUAUUAAUGUUGUAAAUAUUUGAAUUAAAAUUAAAUUGUAAAACUACUGUC